UCUCGCCCGUCUUCCCCCCCAAGCGUCAAUUCGUCACCUCCACCUCUCCAUCCACCCCUCCUUCGCCAUGCCUUCCAUCUCCGUCUUCCGUCUCGCGACGCGCGCCGUCCGCCCUUCCGGCCUUUUCAGAGCUUCCCAAUUGCCUCGGGCCCGCGUCCAGACUCCGGCUGCUCUCAUCGGUCGUCCGGCUUUCAGCACCUCCAUGAAGCUCCGCUCCGGCCAGCACGACGAUGAGACAUACGAGCAGUUCUCUGCCAGAUUCGAGAAGGAAUUCGAUGGUGUGCAGGAUGUUUUCGAGCUCCAGCGCAACCUGAACAACUGCUUCGCCUACGACCUUGUCCCCUCCGUUGAGGUCCUCUCUGCUGCCCUCCGGGCCGCCCGCCGUGUCAACGACUUCCCCACCGCUGUCCGGGUUUUCGAAGGUAUCAAGGCCAAGGUUGAAAACCAGGAACAGUACAAGCAGUACCUCGAGGCACUUGAGGGUCUCCGCCAGGAGCUCGGCGUUCCUCUUCGCGAGGAACUCUACCCUGACGAGGAGUAAAUGUGACGCAAGGCAUACGCAGGAUUUUCUCCCAAAUUCAUCACUGUGUUGUCCCCGUCCGAUUGGCGAGAUAGCAAAGCUGUAUACAUACUCUAGAAUGCAGUUGGAGAGUUGUUGAGUUGUGUUUCGGGUGUCGGUUGAGGUGCAUCAUUGCUUUCUAUACCAGUGCGACGACGAAGUUCUUGAUCUUUCCUCCCUUUGAGCAGCUGUUGUACUCUACCGAAGACAUCUAUAAAGAAGACAUUGUUCUAUUUA